AUGUCCACCGAGCCGCUCGCGACCAUGGCAGAACAUCUGUUGGCCGCCAAGAUGUUCUCCCUAGCUUCGUGUGUCAUGCUUUUCUACGACAUUGCCAUCACCUUUGGCGACGAGGUCGAAAAGAUUUGGAAGCAGCGCUUCACCGGUGCCACUGUCCUUUGGUUUAUGAACCGCUACCUCUCCCCCCUCGGGUACAUCGUCAUUAUCGUUUCUUUCCACGAUCCUUCAUGGUCCAAAGCUACAUGUCAACGUUACGUCCUGUAUCCCGAAGCACUCAAGAUCGUCACCUCUACAGCUAUCGGACUCAUCUUUAUCCUACGAUUAUACUCUAUCUAUUCCAAGAGGAAUCUCAUCCUCUAUGUCUUCGGGACGCUCCUCGUAACAGAGCUCGCUGUCAAGAUCUGGGCAUUCACGGACGGCACCAUGCUGGUACUCCCACCAGACUCGGUCGUCUUCUUCGCGACUCUGUACCGCACGAUCCAGCUCUAUCGGCGCACAGUCAUCGGCGAGGCACAAUCGCUCAUCACGAUCAUCAUGCGCGAUGGUAUCAUGUACUUCGCGGCGAUCUUCGUCUCGAAUCUCGUAACGGUCCUAAUUUUCAUCUUCGCUACGCCAGACCUCAAGGUCAUCAACGCCUCUUUUAGCACCUUGAUCACAAGCCUGAUGGUCUCCCGGCUCAUGCUCAACCUGCGCAAAGAGGUGCUCCGGCGCGGGCCCGUCAUGUCCUCGCACGGCGGGCGCGGCUACGGCAACGGGCGCACCGGGUACGAGGAGUCGUACCAGCUCACGGCCGCGCACGAGAUGUCCGCCGCGAAGACGUUCCAGUCGAGCAUCAUCGGGAACCUCGGCGCGCCGAUCAUCACGUUCGAGCGCACUGGCUACGAGGACGAGUACGGGCUGUACGACGAGGACGACGAGCGCUCGGACCACCACGGGCACCAGAUGUCUGAUAUGCGGAAUAGCGAUGGUGAUGAGGAGGGGCGCGGCGACCUCGCGAAGAAGCCGUCGCUCACGACGUCACUCACCGGCGGCAGCGGACCCCUCCCGAAAGUGUUCGGGGGCAAGCGCCGCCCGCGAACCCCCGGCGACCCGCCAGAACACACGCGCUCGCUCCCCGGGCAGCUCGUCGUGCAGAUGACAGAAGAGGUCGUCGUCGUCACCGAGGCCGCCGACCCGACACAUACCCCGCUCCCGCCCCCGCCGCGCGCCUCGCGCUUCCAAAGCCAAAGAAGCCCGCCCGCCUCGCCCUCCCCCCGCACGCCCACGACCCCGCGCACGCCGCAGACGCCCCCCGCCUCCUCCCCACAUACCCCGCGCACGUCCGAGUCCGCGUACUCGCAGUCCCAGUCCCUGAGCGCCCCGCGCUCCGCAUACCCCUCGCGCCCGCCGCAGUCGGCGGGCGCGGUAUACCCGCCGGCGUCGCCGCAUGCGCCGGAUUCGCCGCUGAACCAGGGGUACGACGCGCGCCCGCUGAAGGCGUCGCGGUCUGCGCAGGCUACCACGACGGCGACGACGACGCGGCGCUCGUGGGCGGCCCCGCCGUCGUGGAAACUUAGUCUCGACCGGGAGCGGGAGCGGAAGGGGACGUCAUAG